AUGGCGCUGCUCCCCCCGCGGAACCCCCUGCCGCCCACCCCGGCACGGAGGGGGCGCUCCAAGGCUCGCCCCAGCGCCAGCUGCAGCCGCCUCCGACAAAUCCAGAGCAUCCUGAUGCAAAGCAGCAAAUCCCAACCCGACGGAAUACUGUGCAUUUUAGGAAUCGAUAGUCGAUACAAUGAAGGUUGUUGGGAACUGGCAAACUAUCUUCUCUUUGGCUUCUAUAACCAGAACAACAAUGAGUUUGAGAAGUCGGGAUUUCCUGAAGAAGUCUUGGAUGACGUCAUCCUAUUGAUCAAGCCAGACAGUGUCCAUCUGUACUGCAACCCUGUCAACUACAACUACCUUUUGCCCUACGUAGCCUGUUGGAGAAACUUGCAUUUCCAUUGCCUGACCGAAAACGAGUAUGAAGACGAGGAGGCGGCAGAGGAGUUCAAAAUUUCCAGCUUCGUGGACAUGGUUCGCGACUGCAGUAGAGUCGGCAUCCCCUUCAGCUCACAAGGUCACCUGCAAAUAUUUGACAUGUUCCUUGUUGAAAAGUGGCCCAUAGUGCAGGCCUUUGCCUUGGAAGGAAUUGGCGGUGGUGGAUUCUUUACCAUGAAAUGUGAGUUAAUGGACGUCAGUGUGGAUCUGUGGAAAACUUACAGCAAAAUGGAUCCUGUUUCCUUGGAGAGUUUGCUUUAUGAGGAUUUGAUGAUGUUUGAACAUCAGUGGAGCAAUUUCUUUGCCAAUUUCGACACCGAAAUCCCGUUCGUUCUGGAGCUGUCGGAGUCCCAGGCAGGAGAGCCGUUCCGAAGUUACUUCAGUCAUGGAAUGAUUUCGAGCCACAUCACAGAUAACAGCCCCAGCAGGCAGCCCUUCGUGCUCUUUGGCACCCAUUCCUCCAAGGAGAACCUGAAUGCCGGCAACUUCAACUUCCCAUCGGAGGGACACCUGGUUCGCAACACGGGCCUUGGCGGGAGCGCUGCCAAGCACAUGGUGGUACAGUGUGUCUCUCCAAAGGGACCUCUGGCUUGUUCGAGGACCUAUUUCUUUGGAGCCACUCACACUCCUUACCUUGGCAAAGAUAACGAGAUGGAAAAGAAAGCCGACCAAAUCAAGCUGCUGUCUCAAAUUUACGCUGCUGUUGUAGAGGCGGUGCUAGCUGCUAUAGAUUCCUAUUCGAAAGUGUCCAACGCCACCAAGGCAAAGGAAGUGGCAGAGCAAACCUUCUCCAAUAUACUCGACGUCUUUGAACUUGCAUACUUCAAAGCUCCGCUACGGUCCAAAAUUGAUUUUCAGAUUCAAGCUGUGAACAACCAUGGAAGGAUUAUACCUCUGGAUAACGAGGACAGCCCAUCCUUAAUGAAAACUGUGACCAUGGUGGUCUACGACAUUCCAGACUUGCUUGGUGGGAGGGGCUGCCUCGGCUCCGUCACCUUCUCAGAGUCUUUCCUGGCUUCGCAGAUCCUCGUGAAAGAAAAAGAUGGCAGCAUCAGCACGGAAUGCAGCUACAUCGUUCCCACUGCGGCCAUCCCCAGAUCGGUUUCUUGGCUGGUGGAAGACAACGAAGUGAAGCUGUCAGAGAAGGCACAGCAAGUCGCAAAGGAAGAAGAGUCGUUCCUGGGUACUUUCCUGACGGGAGGUGACGGGGCUUACAUUUCUUCCACCAACUUGCUGUGUAGACCGGAGGAAGGUAAACUCUACUUCUUCUCCGAGGGCCUUCUGUUCUGCCAUCCUCACUACGGAAGCAUAACCAUUUCAAAGAUGCACAUGACAUCCCUCAGGUUCUACGAUGGCGACUCCACCACCAUCGCCGCGGCCCUGCUCAUCGGCUACAAGGGCUCCCUCCUCCCUCACCUGCCGAUCCAGCUCCACGCUCCGAGCAACACUCUGAUGAUCGCCCUUUUCCCCAAAUCAAAACUUUACAAAGCUUUCUACUCGCAGGUUUUCUCCAUCUGGCAACUACGGGGGAGCUCGGGAACAUCUUUGAAGAUGACGCAGGACGAUUGCCUGCCUGCAGAACUGGAGCGACUACAUUCGCACAUGCAGAAACUCUUUAAUCUUUCGUGCUGUCCAGCUGGGGAAAGAUGGAGCCAGCUAAGAGUAUCUACGAGCCUCCCAGAUCUGGACAGGUUUCUGCACCACUUCACAGUUAGCAGCGUAAGCCACGAGCCAGUGACGAGGUCCCACCUGCCUGUGUUGCUGCAACAGUCAGAAGCCAUUCCUGGUAGCCAGGCAGAGAAUGAUCAGGUGGUGAUAACCAUCUUAACAGGCCUUCCUGGAUGUCGCUCGAGUGACCUUUGUUCUUUCCUGGUCACUUUUAACAAAGAAUAUGGAAGGUGGCUAGUCUAUCGCCAAACCAUGGACAGCCCUGAAUGUUUCAGUGCCAUCCACUUCCAGAAGUACCUGUCAGGCGUUCUGGAAUCUCAGCACAACCGAAGUGCUCGCCUCUCAGCUUACAAUAGGAAGAAACUGAGGUUGCUGGUGGUUCUACAAGGAUACACGGACGUGAUUGACGUUGUGCAGGCUCUGCAGACGCACCCGGACGCCGACAUCAAGGCCUCGUUUGUCAUUGGCGCCGUCUCCGCUUGUGUGGAACCGCUGAGCUGCUACAUGGAGCACAGAUUCCUUUUCCCCAAGUUCCUGGAGCAGUGUUCACAAGGUUUGGUGAGCAACGUGGUCUUCAUGAGCCAGACGGCCGAGCAGAGGAACCCGCUGCUGGCCCUGCUCCAGCACCUCAUCCGAGCAGCAAACCCUGCCGUCUCGUUUAUCCUGGCAGAAAAAGGGGUUGUGACGAGGAAUGAAGAUAUUGAACUAAUUCUCUCUGAAAGCAGUUUUUCAAGCCCACAGAUGCUGACCACUCGCUAUUUAACAUAUCCCGGCUGGUACGACGGCAAAUUUCGAUCAGGUGCAGUCUUUCCGCCCAUGGUUCAGAUCUGUGUGUGGUUUAGCCGUCCACUGGAGAAAACACGAUUUGUGGCCAAAUGUAAAGGCUUGAAGUCCUCCAUUAAGCCAAGUCCUUUCUCUGGAAACAUAUACCACAUCUUGGGCAAAGUAAGGUUUUCAGAUUCAGAUCGGAUAAUCGAAGUCUGCCACAACACUUCCUCCAACUCGUUAAGCCUGAUGCCCGUUCAGGAGGGGCCAUCUCCUCCUCCUGAUUCGAGAAACGAGAGCCGAGACCACAGCGGACCACAGGAGUGCUUCCUGGUCUUUGUGGGAUGCUCCCUUAAAGAAGACGACAUCAAGGACUGGCUGAGGGGAACGGCAAAGCAGAAGCCGCAGAGGAAAGCUCUGAAAACCCGCAGCAUGCUGACCCCGCAGGAGAUCAAGAGCAUUCACGUGAAACGUCACUUGGAUCCACUUCCGGCUGGUUAUUUCUACAAUGGGACUCAAUUUGUUAAUUUCUUUGGGGACAAGAUGGAUUAUCACCCAUUGAUGGACCAGUUCAUGAAUGACUACUUGGAGGAAGCGAACCGUGAAAUCGAGAAGUACAACAGGGAGCUGGAGGAGCUAGAGUAUCACGACCUCUUUGAGCAGAAGACCUAA